AUGGUCGGAGCCUUAGAAAUUAGAACAUCAGUUGAAGUUCUCAUUAACAUUGAUUUUGCUGACCUAGUUUCUAACCCAGGAUUAUACAAAGCUAAUUCCGCAUCUGUGAACUUACAGAAGUCAUUCAAUGCAACUUAUAGAGCUGUCACCAGUGAUACAUUAUCUAACGAUACGACCAUCUUCCAAUCCCUCAAUAUUUCCAAUCAACCCAUUGGCGUCCUUCCAUCUACCUCUAGCACCACUUCCACUUCUAUCUACUCGCACAAUGGCAUCGUCGAAUUCGGAGACUCCUCGCUUAGUGUUUGUCGCUUUAGACUCGUUCUCUCCACAAACAGCAUUUGUUCUCUGCCUCUCGGCGCCUUCAAAACGGAUUUGGUUAACGAAACUUCCUUGAGAAAAGUUCCGAUUAUUUGGGACUGGGCUACUUUUGGUGACAUCACCAUCAACAGCAGUAUUUCCACCAUCUUACAGGAUAUAACUUUAGAGUUCGAUAGUGCGAAUACUGGAGUUGUUGGAUUCAUGUCUGCUGAGGAUGCUCUCUUCAAUCUCACCAACAUCCAAUCUGUACUUAUUUUUUACGCAGCCGGUGAUGCUCUCCCAUCGAAAUUGAACUUCACAUCCUCUGCGGCCUCGAAAAAAUCCCCAGUCUUUGAAAUCGAAAGCUCAGCACUGUCUAUUGGCCAGAAUGGAGAAAGCUGUAUAUUUGUCAUCUCGGGGUUUGAUUAUGAGGCUCAACCUGGUCUAUGGGUUAUGGGACAAGCUUUUUCUCAGGAAAAAUAUUUGGAUCAUGAUUUGGAUAAUGGGUUACGGGUCUCUCAGUGUUUGACGCUCCGGGUGAAGAAACGGAAAAUAGGUGCAGUCUACAGGCUUUACUUCUAUCCAUUGAGACACAUUUCUGGUCCCAAAAUUGCAGCGCUUACGUGGUGGUACGAAUUCUAUUCCAAUGUCACAAAACCUGGACAAUAUGUUUUUCAUAUCAAGAAACUACAUGAAGAAUACGGCUUAAUCAUUGCCAACUCUAUCGUCCUAGGUCCAAUCAUUCGCAUUACCCCAGACGAGAUUCAUUUGCAAGUUCCUGGGAGCUUUGGUGCAACUGUAUCUUUCGAUGUUCAUAAAAAGCGACGUGAAGCUUUAGUUCCAUUCUUUAGUAAAAGGAAUGUUCUAUACCUCGAGUCAAUGAUCACUUCAAAAGUUCAACAGCUCUGUGACGUUAUUUCUUCUCACGCUGUUGAUAAAUUGCCAUUAAAUCUUUCGGAUGUAUUAUUUGCAUUUUCUAAUGAUAUGGCUGAGAACUUCUUAUUUGCUCAUGAAGUUAACAACCUUGCGGAUGAGAAAAAUGCUGCAUCACUUCGUCGUAACACUUAUCAACUAUGA